AUGAAGAAAAGCAGAGGCCGGACAGGUCGAAGGAGAAGAAGAAAACACUUGCAGCGUUUGAUGGACGGAGUCAACUGCAGUCAAGAACUGGAAUACAUUAAACUUAAGAAGUGGCUGAAAGACAGAGGAUUUGAAGACAGUAAUUUAAGGCCAGCACAGUUCUGGGAUACAGGAAGAGGACUGAUGACGACAAAAGCUCUUCAGGCAGGGGAUCUGGUUAUUUCACUGCCUGAGAAAUGCUUACUCACCACAGGCACGGUCCUUAGUAGCUGCUUGGGAGAAUACAUUGUGAAAUGGAAGCCUCCUGUAUCUCCUUUGAUAGCACUGUGCACUUUUUUAAUAGCAGAGAAGCAUGCUGGUGAGAAAUCUCUGUGGAAGCCGUAUCUUGAUAUUUUACCCAAGACAUACACUUGCGCUGUUUGUUUGGAGCAUGAUGUAGUAAGCCUUCUUCCUGAACCUUUAAGAAAGAAGGCACAGGAGCAGAGAACGAUUCUCCAUGAGUUGUACGUGUCUUCCAAAGCUUUUUUCUCUUCCCUGCAACCUUUGUUUGCUGAGAACACAGGAACUAUUUUUAACUACAGUGCUCUAGAGUGGGCUUGGUGCACUAUUAAUACCAGGACAAUAUACAUGAAACAUUCACAGAAGGAAUGUUUUUCUCUUGAGCCAGAUGUUUAUGCGUUGGCGCCAUAUUUGGAUUUGCUAAACCACAGUCCAAAUGUUCAGGUAAAGGCUGCGUUUAAUGAGCACACAAGAAGCUAUGAAGUUCGGACAAAUUCACAGUGCAAAAAAUAUGAAGAAGUAUUUAUCUGCUAUGGGCCUCAUGAUAACCAGCGAUUGCUACUAGAAUAUGGAUUUGUUGCCAUGAAUAACCCUCACAGCUGUGUUUAUGUCACAUCAGAUAUGCUCCUCAUGUAUUUUCCACCACUGGACAAGCAGAGAAAUGCAAAAAUUUCCAUUCUAAAGGAUCAUGGUUUCUUAGAGAACCUGACCUUUGGAUGGGAUGGACCAUCUUGGAGACUCCUCACAGCCCUCAAGUUGUUAAGUCUUGGAGUAGAUGAAUUUACUUGCUGGAGGAGAACUCUGCUUGGUGAUGUAAUUUCAGCCAGAAACGAACAGCAGGCUUUGACUGUAACAGCAAAAAUAUGCCAUUUUUUAAUAGAGGAGACACAGCAUGUCCUUCUUCAGAUUUCCCAGUUGAAAAGGAACAAAGAGAACCUCAAAAAACACCUGGCUUUGGUAGAGGCACUACAUUUGGAGGAUCUGAAGAUACUACAAAAGUCAGCUGAGAUUCUUUGCAACUUGAAUAUGGCAACAACUUGACCCAUCUGAAGCUGUGAUGGCUGUGGCUGCUUGGAGCUCAUUUGCCAUGGAUGUGCCUUGCUCAGCUGUUUUAAUGGACCUAAGCAGCAAAGAAUAAUGUAAAAGGUCAUCAGAAUAUGCCUAGUUUUGUUUACAGGGUCACACAGGACCCAGAGUCUUAUUUUGUUCUUUGCUGACCUUCUUCAGUAAUACAAAAGGUGAGCC